ACCAAACAAAUAUGUUAGGUUGGCAGUAAAGUUUAUGAUGUUGGCAACCCUUACAAUAAAAGUUUAGUUCUGAUCUUGCCUCCCACUUGAGAGUGUGUGAUUUUGUGUUGUGAACCCUGAGAGCACCCUGAGAGGGUUUGAGUUGAACUGAGCACUCUGGGACAGUGUCCAGAGUCUAGAGAAGUGUGUCCGGGUCUAAGAGAGACCGCUCGGACGUAUCAAAAGUGGCGACGAGGGCCGAAAACUGAGUCGGCGAGAACCACGUGUUGACGGUGAGGCUGACGCAAGAGGGUCAGCGUGAGGCAAGAAAUCCGGAAAUAUCAAGAGCAUCCGGACAGUGGUCGCAAAGUGGAUGUUUCAAGAGUGGGACAUCCAUUUUGCGGUUAAGGACUUGACUGGAGACGACAGUGACACAAAGAAGAGGAACAUGUUUCUGGACAAUCAGGACCCUGAAUCUUUUGCGGUGGCUGAGAAAGUGUGCCCAGAGGGAGUAAUGAAGGUGAAGUACACAGAGUUGACUAAGAGACUGAGUGAGUACUACCAAGGACAAGAACCUAAGAAAAUUGUCUACAAGCAUGAAUUCAAUACAAGAGUGCAGAGACAGGACGAGGCAGCGGCUGUCUACAUUGCAGAGUUGACCAGUUUGGCUACCAAAAGUGGUUAUAAGGACAAAGAUGAAGUGUUGGUAGCAAGACUCAUCUCUGGUCUGAGAGACAACAAGUUAAGAGAGAAGCUGUUAGCAGAAGAUGACAAAACAUUGACUCUGCAGUUUGUCAAGAACAAGAUCAUGGCUCAUGAAGCAGCAGAGAAGAGCGCACAGUCCCUGGAGUCGAGAGCAGCUGUGGAUGUGCACCGAAUUGGGCCGCCUAGAAGGCAGUUCAAUGUGAAGAAGCCUGACAGCAGAGGAAGUCAGCAGCAAGGCCAGCUGGCUGGGAAAAGCUGGCAGUGUUAUGCUUGUGGACAAAGUGGACAUUUCAAGAAAGAUUGCAAGUUCAAAAAUUCAAAGUGUUUGAAAUGCAAGAAGGAAGGGCAUAUUGCCAAAGUGUGCAACCUCAAUGGACACAGAGCUUACCAAAUGGAUGGCCAAGACCUGGACGAGGAGGAAGAAGAGGGUGGACCAGAGGAGAAGGAGCAGUAUUUGGCUGUGACCAACUACCUUCUUCAAGUGGAGUCGUCCUCGCCAGCAAUCUCGGCGACUGAGAAGGUGAUGUUGGACGUGCCUGUCCAAGGCAAAUUGCUGACGAUGGAGGUGGACACAGGCGCCACAUUCAGUUUGAUUGGACAUUCGACGUACUGUGAGUUUUUCAGACAGACACUCCUGCUCCCAAGCCGUGUCAGAAUGAAAGCUUGGGGUCAGGACGGAGAAAUUGCUGCCCUUGGCCGAGUUCAAGUGCAAUUGCAGCCAAAGGGCAAGCAAGAAGUUCUGCUGGACCUGCUGGUGAUGGACAGAGAUGGUCCGUCAUUGUUGGGCCGAAACUGGUUCGAGCCCUUGGGAAUUAAAGUGGGGCUGCCAAAGCUCAGUGGAGGGAAAUUAGAAGAGAAAAUAAAUGUGCAGCAAGAAUUACCUUCAGUGUACAAAAUGAAUUCAGUGCCACCUGAAUUUCAGGACUUGAGAGAGGUUUUUGAGCCGUCUUUAGGCAAGUUUAAGGGUGGUAAAAUUUCCAUUCCCUUAAAGCCGGGAGCAAAACCGGUGCAGCUACCUGCUAGACAAGUGCCAUUUGGACUUUUGGAGAAAGCGGAUAAAGUUCUUGAAGAGUUAGAGAAGAAGAAAGUAAUUGAGAAAGUGCUUUUUAGUGAGUGGGCCACCCCUGUGGUUUACGUAGAGAAAGGAAACGGAGUUAGAUUGUGUGCAGACUACAGUGCGACUGUGAAUCCGGCGUGCGCGUCGGCUGAGUUUCCCGUGCCGUCGAUUGAAAAGCUCCUGAGCUCUGUGAAGAAGGGCUGUUUCUUUACGAAGAUCGACCUGGCUGAUGCCUACCUACAGUUUGAAGUGGACGAGGAGUCUUCAAUGCUACUUGUGAUUACGACACAUCGGGGUAGGUUUCGUUUCCUUCGGCUGCCUCCCGGCCUUUCAAUUUGCCCGCCAGUUUUUCAAGAGAAGGUUUAUAAAGUGCUGGUGGGGCUAAAGGGCGUGUUCAUUUAUUAUGACGACUUGUUAUUGUUUGCUGAAACGAAGAAAGAAUUGACACUGCUUUCUCGAGCAGUACUCCAACGACUUCUGGAAAAUGGGCUGAGAGUGAAAAUCUCAAAGUGUGAAUUCCUUGUUCCAGAGUUGACCUACUUGGGUUACAAAUUCACCCAGGAUGGGGUGCUGCCAACUGACGAGAAGUUGAAGGCCCUGGCUGAGAUGCCCUCCCCUAAGAAUGUGGAAGAGCUGCGAGCUUGGCUGGGGCUUUUGAAGAAAGGCGUGGCUUACGAGUGGACUCAAGAGUGCGAGAAAGCUGUACGAGAGGUCAACAAGAGUCUGCAAGAGACUGUGGCCUUGUCAUACUACGACGCCAAAAAGCCAAUUCGUCUUGCCUGUGAUGCCAGUCGUCGAGGUUUGGGAGCAGUUUUGAGCCAUCUGGACGACAAGGGAAACGAGGUACCUGUAUUUUUCGCCUCAAGAUCUUUGAAUACGAGUGAAAAAAAUUAUUCACAGAUUGAACUGGAAGCUUUGGCCAUCGUCUGGGGCGUCAAGAAAUUCAAGCAAUUCCUGUGGGGGCGUCCAUUUGAAUUAUUGACUGAUCAUAAACCCCUGCUGGGUGUGUUUGGAAAGGGAAAACCGAUGGCUGAAGCACUGCCUUCGAAAUUAAAAAGGUAUUGUCUAGUUUUGCGAGACUAUGACUUUGAAUUGAAACAUUGCCCUGGAAAACUAAACGCAAAUGCUGAUUGUUUGUCCAGACUACCACUGCCUGCCUUGGCUGCGGAGGAGGAAGAAGAGGAAGAGACAAAGAUUGCUUUCCUUCAAGUCUUGGAAAGUGGUUCAACUGAGCAGCUGCCAACUCUGCAAGAGCUGCAAGCUGCUUCCCAACAAGAUGAAUCACUUCAAACAGUCAUCAGGAAAUUGCGCCAAGGUACUUCGCCAACUGCGUUACCCAUAGAAUUUCAAGAAUUCCAAAAAAGGUGGCUGGACUUGAAAGUGACUAAUGGAGUUUUAACCUUUUUAGGUCGGGCAGUGGUACCUCCGAAUUUGAGGACCAGAAUUCUGAACUUGCUGCACCUAAACCAUUUUGGAAUUGUCCGAAUGAAGACUUUGGCUCGCUCUUAUUUCUGGUGGCCACACAUCGAUGAAGAAAUUGAGCGGCUCUGCAAAUCUUGCUUGCCCUGCUCUCUGGUCAACCCUGCUAACAGCAAAGCGCCAGUAAUCCCUUGGAGUCUGCCUCACCGACCUUGGGGCAGAGUUCAUUUUGAUUUCCUCGAGGUGAGACGAGGCCAGGCUUUCAUCGUGGCUGCGGAUGCCUUGUCCAACUGGAUCGAUGCGGAGCGAGUCAACAACAUGGAUGCAGCCACUGUCAUCAAAUUUGCCAGAAAACUUUUCAGAAUGCAAGGAGUUUGUGAUGUGGCAGUCUGCGACAAUGGCCCAGGAUUCAGAGCAGAGGAAUUUAAGAAGUUUUGCGAGGACAAUGGUGUGGAGCUGAUUUAUUCUCCACCUUACAGCCCACAGACCAAUGGCCAGGCUGAGAAAGCGGUUCAAACAGUCAAGAGAUUUUUGAAAAAAGUUCCUGAGAAGGAUUGGGACAACAAGUUGGACAGUUUCUUACUUGGCCAUAAUUCCACACCAUCUGAAAGGACUGGAAUUGCACCAGCGGAGUUCAACUUGGGCAGGAAGCCACUCACUUUGCUUGACAAACUCCGUCCAGAAGCUGCAGCACUGAAGGGGCGAGCUGACCGAGACAGGAAGGUGGUCGAAGCUCUCCGUCAGAAGCCAAUUCAGCCCUUGUCUGAAAAUCAACCUGUCGUGGUCCGGAGCUACCGCAACCCAAAGCAGAGAUGGGAGCCGGCGGUGGUGCUGAAAGAUUUAGGCCCACGACGAGUGAUGGUCGAGACGGAUGCUGGAACAACGGAGCGCCACAAGGACCAGGUGAAGAAAAUUCUGCAACCUCCUAGCUCUCCAGUUUCCCAACCACAGCCAAGUCCGAGACGAGUCGGACCUCAAGAACCAGCAACUGCUUUCGAACCCCAGCCAAUUGACCAAGAUCCAGAUGGCCUGCCUCCAGAACCCCCAGAGGCCACUCCAAUUGAAGUGCCAGAAAAAGCAGCGCCUGAAGCAAAGCCCCCAGAAACCCAAAAGCCUGUGACCCCCAGUCGUCCCCAAAGGGACAGAAAAUUACCCGAAUAUUUGAAGGAUUUUGUUUUGAGCAAGAAAAAGUGAAUGAGAGUGACAGGGUAUUCAGCCUUAAAUUAGCUUUGAAAAUUUCAAUUGUUUAAGGUUAGGAAAUACUUGUCAAUUUAAUUUUCUUUCAAAAUUCUUUAUUUGCAAUGUGAGUUUCAAUCUAGAGGAGGAGGUGUUAGGUUGGCAGUAAAGUUUAUGAUGUUGGCAACCCUUACAAUAAAAGUUUAGUUCUGAUCUUGCCUCCCACUU